GAGAGAGAAAAAAAAAAAACAAGAAACAAAUGAAAAAAACGUUUGCGGUGUUCGUUAUUAGUUAUCUAGUUAUCUUAGUUAUUACCUAAGGUUAUUACGGAUUUCAAUGCAUUUCAAUUUUGCCGGUAUAUAGUGCCUUGAUUUUGCCAAUGGUCAGUGCCCGCCAGAAUUAAUGGCGGAAUUUUGACACAUUGUUCCUCAUGAAUUGUCAAGUGACCCCAUUUUAAUCUUGCUUUCAUUUUAUUUCUUUUCCUGUGGAGUGUGUCGGUAGCCCAAUGGUAGCCCCACUUGCAUGGUGGGGAUUGCUGCGUUAAGAAGCGCAACAAUGAGCAUUCAGGCACUUUUACCUGAAAUUCAGCUUUCCAAAAGCAGAAUGAAAAGAUGGAUUGAGAUGCUGAGUCCGCACCUGCGCUGAGUGAUGGCUGGUCCGAUCCCAGCUGCGGCCUUCUACGGUCGCCGGUCGGCCGCGGCGCCGGCGCCCGCUCAGCCGGGGCGCCCGGCGCACACCCUGUGCCGGCCGCCGCGGCCCUCGCUGCUCGGCCCGCCCGCCGCCUGGCAGGUGUUCCGGCAGCAGGCGGCGGCGCUGCAGGCCGCCGCCGCCAGCCCCGGACUCGGGCUCAUGGUGUUCGGCUGUGAGGAGAAGGUGCCCGACGGCGGCGGAAGGCGCAGCUACCUCGUCUGCCACCCCAGCGUGUUUUGGCACUGCGACGAACAGAAGAGCCCCGACGAGCGCUGUUCGUAUGAAGUGAUUCGCCAGGGAGCGUCCUGUAAACUGUACUUUGAUCUGGAGUAUGACAAGACUCUGAACCCGGACAGAGACGGCGACGCAAUGGUGGAAACGCUCAUUGAAGUGGUAACAAGUGCCGUAGGAUGCCUGUUUGCGGUGAAAUGUUCAAGACGUGAUAUCAUUGACAUGUGUGCUUCGUCGGAGACGAAAUUUAGCAGACAUUUGAUAUUUUGCUGCAAGGGUCUAGUGUUUUGUGACAAUGUUACGGUGGGUAAUCUAGUCAGAGAUAUCUGUGAUGCUAUCAGAGCCUCCGUGAAUCGUGGUGAAACAAGUGACCUUCAGCGAUUGGGACUUCAGAGAUUCGGCAAAGAUGAACUGAAAUCGCUCAUGGUGAACUCCAAGGAUGGUAGCAGCAUGUUAUGUGACGAGGCUGUGUAUACGAAGAACCGAAACUUUCGGACAUAUAAGUCUUCAAAAUUUGGAAAGCGGCGACCGCUUGUCAAAUCCGCUCAUAACACGUACGCUCCAGAAAGCAGAACCGAUCGGAAAAAUUGUCAUGGCUCCGAUGAAGAAGCAUUCUUCCUGGCGUCUCUGGUAUCGUACAUUGAGAGCGUCGCCGAGCCUCUGCAGUACGGCGCUCCGCCACCGCGAGAAGGCGCCUCGGUCUGCACCGCCAUGUCCGGUAUGAAGAGACUCUACCCGUCGAGGGGAGCUCUGACCGCCUCACCGUACCCUGAUGUAGACGCGUUCGUGCGCGAGCUCGUCUCUCCUGGCGGCAUCCGCUGCUGGAACUACUUCGACACCUCCGAGCUGCUCGUCUACGACAUCGUCGGGUUCCGCUUCUGCCGCAACAUCGGCCGCUGGCACCGCAGCAACAACAUCAUCAUCGUGGUGAGCCUGCGCGACGCCUGCUUCUACCAGAAGUGCCACGACCCGGCGUGUCGCGCGUUCCGCUCAGACAGCCUGCCGCUGCCGCCCGAGCUGCUCGCCUGGCGGGAGCUGGCCGACGACUGGGAGCCCGAUGGCGGCGGCGGCCAGUUCCCCGAGUGUGGUGCCAGUGACGCUGAGAUGCUGUCCGCCGCCGCGCUGGCUGAGCCGGCCACCGAGCUCAGCCCGGUGCCGUCUGCCCAGCGGAGAGGCACAGACGGGGGAGCGGACCCCGAGCUCGGACGGACCGGCGAACUGUCCGACGAUGAGUUCACAUCCGCGCUGGCGGCGGUCGAACCGAGCCAGCCGGACCUGUUUCCGGACUGCGGAGUGGAGGACGGGGAGCUGGCUGCUGGGCCCACCUCAGUGGCACUAUCUCAGCACUGCCGUGACGGGCGCGAGCCCAGACUAUCGCCGGACGAUCCCGCGCCGACCGAUGACGACGCCUUCCCAGACUGCGGCAUGGGAGACAGCGAGAUACUGGCAGAGGUGUCCACGGAGCCCCUGUCGAUCCAAGGCGACGGGCCCGGGGAUGAUCAGUCGACAGAGUCCAUGCCGCUCGAGGGUUUCGAGGACGAAUGGCUGUGGGACGCCGGGUCGGACCCGUUCCCGGACUGCGGGGUGGCAGACUCCCAGCUGCCGCAGGGACCGUGCAGCGGCACUCGGAGUCACUCAGUGCCGACCGGAACACCCGACCGGGAGCGGGAGCGGCUCCGGUCGGACCGCGGGUCCCAGAGGGGUCCGGACUCGUCCGACGCGUUCCCCGACUGCGGCGUCGGCGACUGGGAGCUGCUCGAGGUGGGUGGGCCGGCCGGCGCCGCCGCCAGUCCCCGCCCCGCCGACACCGCCGACACUGGCACCGACGCGCACACGGCUCCCACCCCGGGCACAGACUCUGACCAGCUGUACCACACGGCACAUUCACCCAGCUGCAACUUUGAGGUCUGGGAGUGGGACCAGCUGGCAGAGGCAGAUUUACUCGCGUCUGACUGGGAGUUCACCGAUGAGUAUUAGCUAUCCAGCUCUUCUGCCCGACAAUGGCUGUUGGGCAUCACCUUAAAUAGCGAGCUAGGUAUUCAGAACCAUUCCAUUAUUAGGAUAUCCACAUUGUUUUACCGGUUCCCUUUUAUAUUGCGAAAUUCCGAGAUUCUUAUAGAUCGAAAUUCCGCAUUUCAUGCGUACACAUUGGAUAUAGAUUUCAUAAGCGCUACGGUAUAGAACCAUAUAUUUUUUAGUUAGUUGAUCACUGUUUCCUUGACUCUAUGAUGUCACGUUAUUUUAAUCAUUUUAGUUAUUUAUUAGAUUAUUAUCAGCGUGUUUGGUUAUUUCUUGUAAACGUGAACGAUUAUGUUGUUGUGGUUUGCUGAACUCUAUUGUUCAAUUUCAGUGAUCGUUGUCUUCAACAGAAAUGUCGGGCUUUCAUCGAUAGACAGAAAAUAUAUAUUGCAUACAUCGUCAACA